AUGGGCUCAUACUCCUCGUUCCUGGGGACAUUCAACAAGCUGAAGGACGAAGACUUUGAGGAGGACCUGUACACCAACCCUCCUGCUGAUGUCUAUAGUGACAUACCAGGUAGAAACACACACAAUGCAGUGAACAGACACACACACACACACACACACACACACACACAAUGCAGUGUGGAAAGGCCCCAUAAGGACCCUGUGGCGGCUCUGGUCUGGCUAUAUAAAGAGCAUUUCACUGGAAGGUUGUAUUUGGUGCCUGUGACAAAUAACAUUUGAUUUGAUUGAUAUCUAACAUGUAUCUCUGUGUCUGUGUGUCUAGCCUAUGAGGACCAUGUGGCGGCCAUGGCCUGGUCUCCCGGUACUGGAACAUUCUUCUGGGGUCGGAGUCCCUUUUCAGGGAACCACCUAACCGUCGCCUUCAAACAGCCUGCUGUGGUUACCGGCAUUAUCGUGGUGACAGGGUCAGCAGAGGGUCGUGACCAGUUGGCAUCUGCGACCGUGGAGCUGGGGUCUCCACCCGGGUAACUGAGAAGACUGGGUUGGGGAUAACGUGCCAGGAGUUCUAUAGCGUGGGGGAUCUGCAGGGAGGGAAGAUGAACAUGACGGACAUACACAAGAAGAGAUCUGGCCACGCCUCUUCCUGUCUGAAGAUAAGAGUUACAGCCAAUCAGAAUGACUGGGUUAUCAUCAGGAAGAUCAGGAUUACUACAGAGGAGGAAUGAAUACACUGAACACACACACACACACUGAAUAUACACACACACACACACUGAACACACACACACACACACACACACACACACACACACUCUGAACAGACACACACACACACACACUGAACACACACACACACACACACACACACUCUGAACAGACACACACACACACACUGAAUAUACACACACACACACACACACACACUCUGAACAGACACACACACACACACUGAACACACACACACACACACACACACACACUGAACACACACACACACACACACACACACACUCUGAACAGACACACACACACACUGAACACACACACACACACACACACACUCUGAACACACACACACACACACACACUCUGAACAGACACACACACACACACUGAAUAUACACACACACACACACUCUGAACACACACACACACACACACACUCUGAACAGACACACACACACACACACUGAAUAUACACACACACACACACACACUCUGAACAGACACACACACACACACACACACUCUGAACAGACACACACACACACACUGAAUAUACACACACACACACACACACACACUGAAUAUACACACACACACACACACACUCUGAACAGACACACACUGAAUGUAGCUGAGGUGAUUUGCACUCACCCUGUUGUUACCCUGCUGUACUGAGUCGAGCCACAUCUCUUGAAACGAGUCGAGCCCCGUCUUUUGUAACGCGUCCAGCCCCGUCUGCAACUUCAAAAUCACUGUCACCUUGGGAACAGGGAAUUUCGUCUUGGUCUAAUGGUUAAGAUAUUGGUAAUAUCUAAUGCUUGUGUUUCUAGCUCCGACAGUGAAGUAAUAUCUAAUGCUUGUGUUUCUAGCUCCGACAGUGAAGUAAUAUCUAAUGCUUGUGUUUCUAGCUCCGACAGUGAAGUAAUAUCUAAUGCUUGUGUUUCUAGCUCCGACAGUGCAGUAAUACUCCAACAGUGCAGUAAUACUCCAACAGUGCAGUAAUACUCCCACAGUGCAGUAAUACUCCAACAGUGCAGUAAUACUCCCACAGUGCAGUAAUACUCCAACAGUGCAGUAAUACUCCAACAGUGCAGUAAUACUCCCACAGUGCAGUAAUACUCCCACAGUGCAGUAAUACUCCAACAGUGCAGUAAUACUCCAACAGUGCAGUAAUACUCCCACAGUGCAGUAAUACUCCAACAGUGCAGUAAUACUCCAACAGUGUAGUAAUACUCCAACAGUGCAGUAAUACUCCAACAGUGCAUUAAUACUCCAACAGUGCAGUAAUACUCCCACAGUGCAGUAAUACUCCAACAGUGCAGUAAUACUCCAACAGUGCAGUUAAUACUCCAACAGUGCAGUAAUACUCCAACGGUGCAGUAAUACUCCCACAGUGCAGUAAUACCCCAACAGUGCAGUAAUACUCCAAACAGUGCAGUAAUACUCCAACAGUGCAGUAAUACUCCCAACAGUGCAGUAAUACUCCCACAGUGCAGUAAUACUCCAACAGUGCAGUAAUACCCCCAACAGUGCAGUAAUACUCCAACAGUGCAGUAAUACUCCCACCAGUGCAGUAAUACUCCAACAGUGCAGUAAUACUCCAACAGUGCAGUAAUACUCCAACGGUGCAGUAAUACUCCAACAGUGCAGUAAUACUCCAACAGUGCAGUAAUACUCCAACAGUGCAGUAAUACUCCAACAGUGCAGUAAUACUCCAACAGUGCAGUAAUACUCCAACAGUGCAGUAAUACUCCAACAGUGCAGUAAUACUCCCACAGUGCAGUAAUACUCCAACAGUGCAGUAAUACUCCCACCGUGCAGUAAUACUCCAACAGUGCAGUAAUACUCCAACAGUGCAGUAAUACUCCAACAGUGCAGUAAUACUCCCACAGUGCAGUAAUACUCCAACAGUGCAGUAAUACUCCAACAGUGCAGUAAUACUCCAACAGUGCAGUAAUACUCCAACAGUGCAGUAAUACUCCAACAGUGCAGUAAUACUCCAACAGUGCAGUAAUACUACCUAAACUAUACUAAACAAUACGCACAAAAGACAAAAAAUAUUUGAACGAGAAAUGUCAGAGUCUGGAAUAUAAAUAUACAGUGCCUUCAGAAAGUACUGAUGAUGAUGAUGAUGAUGAUGAUGAUGAUGAUGAUGUUGGAUCUACACAUGACUCCAGAGUGCUCAGUGAGAGUGGCCUCAACAUGCUGUUUGAGUGCAAUGUUGUUGACAAGGGGUACCCCCAGAGGAGGUGGCUGCUGACCCCUUUCCCACCACCUCUUCCCGGCACUCAGCUCAAUUGUAACCGGUGA